AUGCCCGGGAGAGCGACAGUGUUCAUCGAGGUGCAUGCCCCGGCGCACUUCUUGGUGGACCUUCGGGAGACUCGGGAGGAGGCGAAGACAAGGAAGAAGAAUAAUCAAAGAACCGCAAACGGCGGCGGCGGUGGCGGUGGCGGUGGAUUCGGAAGCGAUGGCGGGGGGGCUGUUCGGCUAAAGGAUUUCCUGAAGACCUUGGAGCAGGGCGACGAGAUGCUCAUCAAGAUCGAGAGGACCAGGCAGAGCCUCGUUGCCUCGACGGCGUUACCCUUGUCGUCGUCGCCGGCCACGGCGGCACCAGGGGCGUCAAACUUCCCGUCAGCGAGACUCGACGAGCGGCUGUGCAGGCCUUACCUGUGGCUGGGGAGGAUAAGCGUGCCCGAGUGGCUUCGGUUCCUUAACACGGAGUACGUGGAGGUUAUCUUCAGAGGUCUCCUGGCGACCAAGACUUCUGUGCAUAAGACGCAGUUACAGCAGAGGCCGUACGAAUCACGCAAGGCCGAGGAGAUGCUGCUCGACGUCUGCCAACGGUGGUGCACCAGCUGGUGGAAGCGCGGCUUGUUCCUCAAGGUUAAGAGCUGUGCUGUAGGGGGAAACGACGGCUUUGAAAGACGCGUGCUCUUGUCGUCGUCAUAA